AUGUCUUCUAUUCGGAUGUUAUUUUUGACAAUUCUACUUGUGCUCGUUUUGGAUUAUUCUGAAGGCUUUGUGAAAGGUGUGACGGUUAAAUGCGAGAAUGAAGGUGAAUACAUGGAUUCGGCCAUCUUUGGGCCUCUUCGCGCAGACUCGUGCAUUCGAUGCAAGUGCAAGAACAAGCGAGUCGUGUGUUCCAACCCCAAAUGUCCGACCAUGGAAGGGUGUCACGUGGUGAUGUCUGAACGGACAGCGGAUACAUGCUGUGACGUAUGUAAAGGAUGUACUUAUAAAGGCGUCGAAUACAAGCACAAUGAGACGUGGACAGACCCUAAAGAUUCCUGCACCAACUUGGAAUGUAAAGCUGGUGUUGUUACUAAAUCAACCAUGCAGUGUAAGACCUGCCCGAAUCCCGUGAAGGUCCCUGGUAUGUGCUGUCCCGUCUGUCCCACUGCCAACACCAUCAAAGGCGACUGCUUCAUCGAUGGCAAGCUCGUACGAGACGGAGAAUCGGCCAGCCUUACUGAAGAUACCUGUGCUACGUGUACUUGUGUGAGUGGCAAACUGUCCUGCUCAAAACCAGCUUGUCCCAUUUUGAACUGCCCGCACUCCAUGAUAGUGAACGACCCAUUCAACUGUUGUCCAUACUGCGAAGGUUCGGAGAAGGUGUUCUACCCCAAGAACGGCGCGUGUGUGUUCCGUGGUAUCAGUUACGACAGCGGGAAGGAUUUCAUGCCUGACAAGUGUACACAUUGCAAAUGCAAGGAUGGCUCCUCUCUAUGUGAGCGCAAUGCCUGCCCGGUCUUGGACUGCGUGAAGGGUGAUCAGAUCCACGAGAAAGGAAGCUGCUGUCCCUCCUGUAAGAGAGAUGCGAGGAAAGUCAAUACCUGCUUGAAGGACGAGAGGGUAGUUGAGCAUGGCUUUACAUGGCGCCAGUCCCCCUGCACCAACUGUACCUGUACCAGAGGGAAGGUCAUAUGUUACUCCCAGCAAUGCAAACCCGUAGUCGAAUGUCCCAACAAUCAAGUGUUGGUCCAGAAGAUGGGUGAAUGUUGUCAACGCUGUGCUGAUGCUGAGGCCGUCUGUACCAUCUCCCAAGCCGGCUCCAAGACCCUCGCCUACAAAUCGUUCGACGACCACCAUUUCAAAUACGACGGAGUCUGCAAGUACCUCCUCACUAAAGAUACGGAAGAGAAUACGUUCGUAGUCCGACUCCAAAAUGGUUACUUUACACCGGAUGUGAUUGGUGCUAAAAGGGUUCAAAUCUACGUCAAGGUCAACUCAACGGCCAUGCUGUCCGUUUCUAUUGAGCGAGGACUCGUUGUCAAGGUCAACAAAACACGUGUGCAGCUGCCGUAUGAGGUCAAGGACGUAUUCCGUGUCACAAAGAACAAUGAGACUGUGGACUUUAUCAUGAUGUCUGGUUUGAAGAUACGUUACGCUAAUGAUGGACACGUGCAAGUGAUCGUCUCGAAGAUCUGGGAGGACAGGUUGAGUGGUUUGUGCGGGAACUUUAACGGGCUUUCAGCAGACGACACGACGGGACGUGACGGCCAUGUUUACGGGAAGGAAGCUGCCUUCGCCAGCACGUGGCGUAUUGGUGGAAAGUGUUCGUGUGACCGAUGGAUGGCACCAAAGGACAAUACAGUGUGUACCGGAAACGUCCAGGAGAGGCUCAAAGCGCACGCCCGGUGUAUGGUUCUGAAGCAAGACGAGUUCAAGAAGUGCCGAAAGCUGGUCAAGGUCGAUCCCUAUUACAGAACUUGCCUUGAUCGUGUCUGCCGAUGUAAGCCCAGCAGCAUCAACUGCGAAUGUGACGUCAUCGUUGCAUACCAGAAAGCCUGUGAAACGGUUGGAGAGAUCAUCAAGCUGUCCAAAACAUCGGCGUGUAUAAAAGGUACUCCAACAAAGUCCGCCAAGAGGGAAACAUCUGAAGACAAAGAAAACAAGUCCACGCGCAACAAAAAGUCGGGGAAAACGAAAUCGAGGAAACCGAAAAAAGCCAAGAAACCAAAGAAGGAAAAACGAGAUAAGACAUCGUUGAAGACGUCAAAGGCAUCGAAAGUAGUACAAGAAAUUCCUUCAGGUGAUGACGACCAUAUUGUCGAGCUGCUCGAGAUUAAACGGAAGUACCAACAGGCCCUGGAGAAGUCUGGGAAGGAGCACGUUAUGACGGCGGAGGAGGUACGUUCGCUAGCCGGGGUCAAGGUCGUGAAGAAGCCAGAUCCGGAAGAGAAAAAGAAGAAGUUCGACCGGGGAACGCUUGAUCUGCUUUUCGGGAGAUAA